AUGGGUUACUUCACCUCUAGGCCGCAGUUGAUCCCGGGCCAAUUGAUCUCUCGCCGCCGGCGUUUUGUUGUCCUGGUUGCUAUCUCGACUGCUCUGCUUGGGGCUAUCCUUCUCGCCUUGUGGCGAUUAGCAAGCACCUGUCCGGGUAGUAGCUUCUGCUCUGGCGUAUUCAAGUACAAAACCACUAUCAAAGAGGUGCAUAUUUCGGAUGCCUCCCCGACUUCAGAUGAUCUACGCCAUGCUAUAUCUCCGUCUCCAUCCUCGGUGCCAGCUCCCCAGCAAAUCUCUGGGAUGGCCCCCGUUCCUACCGCAGUGUCCACCAAGGGCCCCUGUGAGGGAUUCCCUGAUACUUCAAAUAUCCUCCUGAUAAUGAAGACCGGUGCCUCGGAGUCGUUCGCUAGAAUCCCCACGCAACUAUUGAUGAACAUGCGAUGCAUUUUCGACUUCCUCAUAUUUGGCGACAUGGAACAGACGGUGGCUGGCUACCAUGUUCAGGAUAGUCUUGAUGAAGUGAGGGAGGAAGUAAAAGCGAACAAUCCCGACUUUGAUCUAUAUUUGCGCCAGAAAACCUGUGCUUCAGAUCAGGAGACGUGCAAUAGGAAUACAAACGACAACACCGCUUCUCAGGCAUGGAGUUUGGACAAGUACAAGAACAUUCAUAUUGCAGAGAAAACCUGGAGACAGAAGUCAAAUUACGACUGGUAUCUUUACGUCGAUGCUGAUACCUAUGUUGUCUGGCCUACAAUGAUGGAAUGGCUCCAGCAUGUGAACCCAAAGGAACAAUGGUACAUUGGCAGCGUUGCCUUCCUUGGCGAUUUCCCCUUUGCUCAUGGAGGCAGCGGAUAUCUGCUAUCCCAGGCGACAAUGAAAAGCUUCUUCGGUGGGAAAACGGAUGUAGCAAAGGAAUGGGACCUUGAUACAAGGAUUGUUUGUUGUAGCGAUUACUUAUUAUCGUACGCCCUCCAACACAAAGUAGGAGUGAGAGUGACCAAUGUCUGGCCAGUUGUGAAUGGUGAGAAGCCUAGCACUAUGUCAUACGGAAAAGCUCAGUGGUGCCAACCCAUCGUGACCAUGCAUCAUCAUCGAUUUAUAGAGCACCUCCUUCAAGAUAAACGAGAGGGCUGGGACAACCUCAGUGAAGACGUCUUUUACUUGGAUGAGAAGGCCCGAGAGUACUCCAACUGGCAGCUUCAAAGGACCAAAAAGGGGGGCCUGUCUUCGAUUGAACGUGAAGCCCACUUAGGGUUUAAUCAAUGCGAAAGAGCAUGUCAUAAUGACCCUGAAUGCUUUCAAUUCAGAUUAAAUCAGGGUAUCUGUGCCAUGAGUAAAAGCAUAAAACACGGGAGACCAAGGAAGCCCGAAACCAAGGAUGACGAAUGGCUUAGCGGUUGGGACGUGCCCAAGAUCAACCGCUGGGUUCAGGAGAAUUCAAACUGCGGGAAGAUUACAUGGCCAUCUGUGCACAAUUAA